GGAAGAGUUGGAGAAAUGAGAUUAAGCAAAACAUUCCGGCCAUUUAGGAUGGUUAAUUCAACUAAGAAUUGCAAAAUUCGGGUUUGCGGGUCGGGAGCUCUGUUUCUAGUAAAAGAUUCACUUCGUUUUUUUCCUCGUACUAGUCUUGUUACCAAACGAAUAACGUGUUUGGAUAUUCGAUUACGUUAUCUAGAUACUCGUAUAUUUUGAAUGUAUUUUUAUUCAAGCUGAACAUCUUGAUACUCGCGCGGGUCAUAAGGGAGAUGACCACAAUGGUGCAGCCAGAAGGGGAAGACAACCAUGCACAGCAAAUACGACUUGGUAUGAAGACCUGCCUGGUAAUGAUUCCCCUACUGGGUGUCACGUGGCUGUUUGGUCUUCUUUCGCCUGUAGACAAGGUUUUCGCAUACAUCUUCACAAUACUCAACUCUACUCAGGGUUUCCUGAUUUUCGUCCUCCACUGCAUGCGAAAUACUCAGAUCAGAGAGCGAUUCACAAGAAAGAUGAACAUGGUUUUCCAUCUUCCAUAAAGGAAAAAUUCCAUAAGGAAGAGGUCAUAGGCCAAACCAAACGAGGUCGGCCAUGUAUAGACAACUGCAUUACAGUCUUGCGGUGAAUGUGAAUCGAAAUUGCACUAAACUUAAGAAGCUGGCUUCAACUGUCAGGAAAUAAUAGUAACUUUUUAAGUACGAUCGCAUAAGAGUCUAGAUCUGUUAAGAAAAAGAGGGGUCAUUCUGUUAUUCAGUGUCUUAGCAAUCAACUAGUCGUAAAUGUCACCUUCUUCUUAAUAGUCUUCAAUUAUUAUCUUAGCCAGUCGCAAAUUAACAGGAAAAGUAUUUUUAGCUGCAUGAUGAAUUACCCCAGAAAAAGCUAAAUAUAGCCUGUUGUGUAAUAGAUUCAUCUUAAAAGGGUCUAGUUCCUUAUUAUAUCAGCGACUGGCCCAUUCGAAGUCCUAAUUCUGCUUUAUAUCAGAUGUGAAUUUUUGUCAAG